AGAGCCGGAAGCGGAGCCGUGAGGACGCGGAGCGGAGCCAUGAGGACUCGCCGCGGCACCGUCCUGCGGCCGCCGCCAGACCCUGCCGAGGCGGAGGAUGUCGGGGAGGAGGCGCCCGGAGCGCCGGAGGAGGAGGAGGACUUCCAGGAGGCGCAGUUCCGGGCGGUGAUGGCGGCCCUGGAGAGCGGGGAGGAGGAGGCCGGGGACAGUGAGGAGGAGGAGGAGGAAGUGCUGGGCCUGCAGCUGCCCGAGGACAGCGAGGAGGAAGACGAAGAAGAGGAGGAGGAGGAGAAACAGGGUGUGGAUCUUUUCAUAGACCACAGCGCAGAAGAGGACGAAGGUGAGGAAGAGGAGGAUGGAGAAGGUGAGGAGGAUGAAGAAGGUGAAGAAGAGGAGGGUGGAGAAGGUGAAGAGGAGGAGGAAGAUGAGGUUGAAGAUGAAGAUGGGGACCUCUCCAUGGAAAGCGACUUGGAGGAGCGCCGCCAGGACACCAAGCUCCCCCAUGAGCUCUCCUGGGGCCAACGCAAGCAGCUGUACUACGACACGGACUACGGGAGUGAUGCCCAGGCCAAGGGCAAGCGUAGCCAGCAAGAAGUCGAUGCUGAGGAGGAGGAAGAGGAGCAGGAGGCUCAAGUCAUCCAGAGGAGGUUGGUGCAAGACCUGGGGGAAGAUGAUUACGGGCUGGAUAUGAUCCAGGGCUAUCUGGCUGAGCAGCAGAAAACCCACGAUAGCAAGGGGCAGAAGAUUGACAAGGAUUUGCAGGCCCUUCCCAAGAAGGAGCAGCUGAAGCUGCUGAAGCAGGAGUCCCCUGAGCUCCUGCACCUGAUUGAGGACUUGGAAGUCAAGCUCAUGGAGCUCAAGGACGAGCUGCACCCGCUGCUGCAAAUGGUCAAAAACGGCACUAUCCCGCAAGGGAAGGGCAGUCGCUAUUUGCAGACCAAGUAUCAUCUCUACCUGAAUUACUGUGCCAACAUCAGUUUCUAUUUGGUUUUGAAGUCCAAGAGGAUUCCGGUUCACAGUCACCCCAUUAUCGAACGGCUGGUUGCUUAUAGAAAUAUAAUCAAUGACUUAGCUGUUAUAGAUCAAAAGUUAUCCUCACAAGUUCGUAUGCUUUUGAAAAGCUACUAUGAUAAGAAGGAAGAUAAACUACGGAGAGAGAAGAAGUUUGCGGUGUUUCUCCCACUGGAUGUUAAGAAAAAAUCAAAGCGUGCUCCUGUGCUUCCUAAUGGCCGGGCUACUGCUGACGAACCGUCAGAUGAGUCAGACCUGGACGAAGAGGCUGCCCUAGAGUACUACAAGAAGAUGGAGGAGAAGAUGAAACUCAAGAGGAAGAGAACUGAAGACCAAGGCAUGCUUGAAGAAGAAGCGGUGCUGGAAGGAGAGGAUCCAAAUAAGAAGAGAGGUGUGACCUAUCAGAUGAUCAAGAACAAAGGCCUCACGCCCAGAAGGAAGAAGAUCGAUCGCAACCCCAGGGUCAAGCACAGGGAGAAGUUUCGGCGAGCCAAGAUUCGCCGCAAGGGCCAGGUCCGUGAAGUUCGGAGGGAAUUGCACAGAUACGCCGGGGAACUGUCUGGCAUUCGCGCGGGAGUUAAGAAAAGCAGGAAGCUUCAAUGAUACUAACUUUUCUCUUUUUCUGAGAGCUGCGAGUAGCACUACUGAAUCCAAUAAAAA